UCCAGCAUGAACCACGCAUUGUUCCACCACCUCACACUUUUUACCACUGCUGCCGCCAUGAUCAUCCAAAACAGCAGCAGCAAUGGAUCUCCAAAUCACAAGCUGCUGAUUGGCUUCCAGGCUCCCUGGAACGUGUCCUUCCCUUACAGCGCGCUGCGGCUGGGCUCGGCCAUUCAGAUAGCCGUGGAGAAGGUGAACAACAAUCCCUCCUUCUUGGGAAACUACAGUCUUGAUUUUGUGUACAAGGACACUGACUGUAAUCCUAAAGAGUCCCUGGGAGGAUUCAUCCAUCAAGUGUGGAGAGAAAAUGUGACAGCUUUGUUUGGACCAGUGUGUCCUGAGGAGGCAGAGGUCACAGGUCUCAUUGCAUCUGCGUGGCACAUUCCCAUGUUUGGCUUUGUGGGCCAGUCUUCUAAACUGGAAGACAGAGUAAUGUACGAUUCCUACAUCAAAAUCAUGCCGCCUCUGAAUCGGGGCUCAGAGGUUCUGGCGAAAACCCUGGAGUUCUUUGGGUGGAGUCAUGUGGCAAUGAUCGGAGGGGGGUUGAAGACAAACACCUGGGACAAAGUGGACGCUUUGUGGAACACGGUGGAGAACCUGCUCAGGGCUAAUUUCAAAUUAACUGCAGAACUAAAGUUUGACACCAGCAAUCCUGAUCUCCUUUAUCAGAACGUCAAAUACAUCUCAACAGUCGCCAGAGUUAUUGUGGUGGUAACAAACAGAGAGGACUCCAUAGCCCUGCUGCUGGAGGCUGAGCGUCAGGGUCUGAUGAAUGGCGACUAUGUGUUCUUCCUGAUGCAGCAUUUUGAGGAUAACUGGUGGAAAGGGCCCCUGAACAGCAGAGUAAAACAGGACAACACAAGAGCUUUCGACAUGACAUUUGUCAUCGGCCAGAAAUCCUACGAAGGAUAUGAGUACUAUGAUUUCUUCAAAGAGGUGUUUCAAAAACUGAAAGGACAUCCUUUCUGGAGUAACCUGACAUCUGAAAGUGAGGUUAGCCCAUAUUCAGCAUAUCUCCAUGAUGCGGUGCUUCUUUAUGUGAUGGGACUGAAGGAAGUUCUGAAGGAAGGAAAAGAUCCUCAUGAUGGCCGACAGCUUCUGGAGAAACUGAAAAACAGAGACAAGAUUCGCUUUCAUGGGGCCUCUGGACUUGUUCACUUUGAUGAAGAAGGUGAGAGAUCUAUGGACUACUCCAUUUAUGACCUGCAGCGUGUAGGAGGCAACACCAUGUUUGUACCCAUCCUGCAUUUUGAAAGCCAAAGUAAAAGUGUCAGACCUACAUCUAUGUUUGCUUCUGUGAUUUGGCCGAAAGGAAAGCCUCCUUCUGAUAUACCAGAAUGUGGUUUCAAUGAUGAGAACUGCGAAUGGCUGACAAAUGAAAUUGCACUGUUGGCUGUCCUUGUGACCUUCCCCCUCAUCGGCGUAGUGGCGGUUUUGUGGAUCGGGGUCCUCAUGUUUCAAAAGUUUCGGCUCCAGACGAGGCUGGAUGACUCCAAUUGGUGGAUAAUCAAUUACAACGACAUCACCAUCAUCAGGGAGCCUUCAGGAAACCCGGGUAUAUCUCAUAGCUCCACCGGUAGUCACACUGGGAGCAGCUGUCAGAGCACCUUCUCCAGCCACAGUUACGACCUGAAGGACAAAACAGGGAGAGAGCACAUUUAUACAACCAUAGGCCUCUACCAGGGAAAUCAAGUGGCCAUCAAGUACAUCAAGAACCCAAUAAACUGUAAUUUCCAGAAACCUUCAGUUAUUGUCGAGUUUAAUCUGAUGAAGGAGAUGAAACAUGAAAACCUGGUGCAGUUCUUUGGUGUGUGCAUUGAGCCACCAAACAUAUGCCUUGUCACGCAGUACUGCAAGAAAGGAAGCCUGAAGGAUGUUUUUGGAGCUUCCGAUAUUGAUCUGGAAUGGAUGUUUAAACUCUCGUUUGCUUAUGACAUUGUUAAUGGAAUGGACUUCAUUCACCACAGCAAACUUAAAUUUCAUGGGAACCUGAAGCCCAGCACAUGUCUGGUGGACAGCAGACUACAAAUCAAACUCUCUGGUUUUGGAUUAUGGGAGUUUAAAUAUGGAGGAAAAAACAAGCUCAGCCUGAUGGAAAGUCCGGAUUAUAAAGAUCUGUACUGGACAGCCCCUGAACUUCUGAGACAGGUUGGACUACCAUGUAAUGGGACACCCAAAGGAGACAUCUAUAGCUUUGCCAUCAUCAUGUGGGAGCUUAUGUAUAACUCUAAAGGUGGUCCGUAUCAAGACAUCAACCUGGACCCCAAAGAAAUUAUAAUGCAGCUGCGGAUACCAUUUCAAGGGGAACCUCUUAGACCAGUGUUGUGCGAGCAGCUGUGUGAUGAGAAGGUGAAUGCGCUGCUCAGAGCCUGUUGGAGUGAAAACCCUGACCACCGACCACCUUUUGCAUCAAUUCGCAGGAGGCUGAGAGAUAUAAGUCCAGAGAGUCAUGCAAAUAUUCUUGAUAACAUGGUGGACAAGUUGGAGAAGUAUGCAAAUCACCAUGAGGAGGUGGUGGAGGAGCGGACCAACCAGCUCACAGCAGAGAAAGCCAGAGCAGACAAUCUUCUCUCCAGCAUGUUGCCAAAAUACAUCGCAGACCAGCUGAUGUCGGGGAAGUCGGUGGAGCCACAAAGCUAUGAUAUGGUGACCAUCUUCUUCUCCGACAUUGUGGGCUUUACUUCCAUGUGUUCUUCCAGCACAGCAAUGGAAGUGGUAACGUUCCUCAACGAGCUCUACAGUCUGUUUGACGACAUCAUAAAGAUGUAUGACGUCUACAAAGUAGAAACCAUUGGUGAUGCUUACAUGGUAGCCAGUGGACUUCCUAUCAGCAAUGGCAACAAGCAUGCUUUGGAAAUAUGCACGAUGGCGCUACACUUCCUCAGUGCCAUUCAGGUCUUCAGAAUCCCUCAUAAACCAGACGAAAUCCUUGCGAUACGCAUCGGCAUACACUCUGGCCCAGUGGUUGCUGGAGUGGUGGGGACCACUAUGCCUCGCUACUGCCUCUUUGGUGAUACAGUAAAUACAGCCUCACGCAUGGAGAGUAACAGUUUACCGCUAAGGAUCCAUAUAUCUCAGUCAACAGCUGACAUUCUGAUCCAAGCUGGAUCAUUUGAGUUGAAAGAAAGAGGGGACAUCGAAAUUAAGGGUAAGGGUGUCCAGAAGACCUACUGGCUACUAAAAAAAACAGGAUUUAAUCCUAAUCUCAGUUCCCUCAGCUCAUUACAAGGUGACAGUCUGAAGGUGCAGACAGAGAAACAAGGAGUAACCAGAUCAUCUGUCACAAAGUCCCAAAUGAUCCAGCCCAGAUCCUCGAUGACUACGGUGCAUGUUUAGGUGCUGCAUUGAAAAUGAAAUCAUCUGUAACACAUCGUCAAGAAGUGACUAUCCCAUGUACUUAGUACAACAAGAACUAUUUGGUCACUGAUUCUUUCAAGAGUAAAAUUUAUGGGGUUUUAAUUUCUCUGAAAGGGUUGUAUUCAUUUUUGUUUCUUUUCCUAAAUUUAAUUAAGCAUUAAAUAUAAAUACAAUUUCUAAGCAAUUGUAUAAAUACAAUAAUACGGAAGAGGAUUAGGGCCACUGAAAAAAAGAAAAAUGAUUUUUA